UAUGGCCCCAACCGUCGCCGCCAGCCUCGCUCCCUACUCCGUGUCCGACGACUCCCGCGCGGCAAGGCGCGUCUCGCCGGCCUCGACGGAUGGUUCGCAGCAGUCGUGGAGCUCAUUGGCCUCCGACAGCCUUGUCCCAAAACCGCGAGCCGAGAGCGUGGCUGCUGCAUCACCGUCGAACAGUUUGCCGUUGCUAUGGAUCACUACGAGCAAUCCGAAAGGCUUCAAGCAGCCCAGAGCCAUGAAGAAGAUUCGCACUCACGCAAUGAACGACCAUUUGCGCAAGAAAGGAAAGCGGUUGAGCGCUGCGGGUGGGCUGCGUGUGAAGCAGCAGAAACGGCCCAGACUGCACAGUGAAGACUCGAAUGCAUCGCAAGUGACUGAGAGCGACGACGAGGUCGAGGAUGUGAUGCCGUCGGACGUGGCCUUGAAGCUUUUCCACGGAACAUCGAAAUCAGGACACUCGCCCGCGACACCCACGUCAGCUCAUGAAGAAGAGGCGAAUGCUCUUGCAAUCCAAACCCCUUCUCCUGGACAAUGGGAUAAUCAACUGCUGUCCUCCAUCCCUGACUCCUUUGCUGCGUGCCAACCAUCUCAACCCCUCAUUCAACCCCCUCGAGCAAAUAUCAAGCUCGCGUAUGAUGGGCUUACCGCGGAGCUCCAAUAUCUUGAGAGCCACCUUAAUCCUUUUCUCUUCACGCCACAGAGGCCCUCAAACCAUGCCCGGAGUAGCUUUGUAUUGGAGCCAGAGCGGGCACUGGGGACGCCUGUGGAUCCCUUCAAAACGAUGUUCCAAGUAUCGCAUCCCAGGGUGUCAAUAGAGCAGCUGAAGUUCCACUGCAGCCGAUUCUUUGGCACCAAAGCAAUGGGCCAGAUCUGGAUCCCCGCCAUCACACGCAAUCGACACGCCUUUCUUAGCACUCUAUGUAUCGCCUCCGCCCACCUCGACGCCUCACGCUACAGGCUCACUGAGAGCGUUGAAAGUGUCGCCCUGCGCCAUGAAGUGAUCCAUCUGAUUAACCGCAGCCUCCUCGACCCAAACACUCGCAUUGACGACUUCACCAUCAUCGCUGUUAUCCAGCUCAUUUGUAGCGAGGUGAUCGCCGGUAAUAACGCCAUGCUCGCUUUCCACGAGUCUGGCAUCGAGACGAUGGUUCGGCAGCGCGGAGGGCUCGAGCGUCUUGGUGUGAACGGAGCUCUUGCGAAUAUUAUAUUAAGCAUAUCAUUCCAGUCUGCCAUCUUCCGCGAAGCCCAGCCGAGUACUAUAUACCUCCAAUACAGCUCUCGUGUUUCGUAUUCCGAUAAUGUUCCCGGGAAAAGAAUUCCCGAGUCGCCGCUUUUCUGUCCACGACCGGAUUUCGAGACGUUGGAAGUCAGUGGCCUAUGCAAGCCGCAUACGCUUUCACUGUUAAGAGACGCAAGGGAUAUGACCGAUCUGUACCUCGACACAGCUUCUAGCCUAACUACCACCGAAGGGAGGAGGAAGGAAGAAAAGCUAAAAGAAUAUCUGAAGAAAUUCGUAGCCCUCCCCAGCGCCAGCGAACUACGAGACCACAACCCUGUAUUCGGCGACAUGAUCUACGAAAGCAUCCGCAUAGCCUCCCUCAUCCAAGCGACCGCCAUAGUCAAGCGCGUCAAACUCUCCGCUGCCGUAUCCAUCGCCGAAGAACUCCUCAAGAAAUCUCGCGGCCACAAAACCGCAACAGGUAGCAAACGCGCCAGCACCAGUAGCAACACCUCCCCCUUCACUAUCUCAGCACCCACAACCACCACCGCCAUAACAGCAGUCACAGCUGCCUACACGCCCACCUCCGCCUCGGCACUCGCCUAUCCUCACGCCCGAAACGACUCCUUCCCACUGCCCUCGCCUUCGACACCGUCCGUGUACUCGGCCGUCUCGACACCCUUCGGCCACCUCCACUCCCCACUCGAACUUCACCCAACCCGCCCUUCCCUCCUAACCGCUCUCCACCACGCCAUCAUCCGCACACCGCACCAGACCGUUUGGUCCGACCUCGCCGGCGUCCUCUUCUGGGUCGGGCUCGUCGGGGGCGCGGCGGCUCGACCUACCGCGCCCCAAGAGAGUGUAGAGCAGAAAGCGACGCGCAAGUGGCUUACGGCGCUUGCGGUGCGCUGCUCGAUUGUGAUGGCGUUUGAGCAUGGGAGCGCGGUUGUGGGGGCGUUGAGAAGGCUGCUGAGGGUUAUGGAGAGGGUUGGGGGUGGGUUUGCAGAGGUGGUGGGAGCGGAUGAGGAAAGGGAGGCGGGAAGGGGGAGGUGGAAGAGGAGGAGGGUUGAUGAGGGAGUUGCUGGGAUCGCGACGGGGUGGUGA